UUCCAGGCUCGCAGGCUGGACCCGCGGAGACGCGAGCGCUGUAGUCUGGGGCAGAAGCUGGGAGGGGGACUUUCGGCUGGCUGCCACCGCAGCCGUCUCCGCAGCCUCCUCUCCUGACCGCUCCAGAAAAGGAGCCCCUUCCCUGGGCCAGCUAGGUGAGAUAGAGAUUGCUACUGAACUUGCUACUAGGGAGGGAACGCCGAAGCUAGAGGGACCCGCGUCGGCCAGCGGCGUCUUAAAGAAGAGGAGACAGCCUAGGAGUCCGCGGCGACGGUGGGCUAAAAGGACAGCCAGGAAAGAGCCUAGUCCGGAGAAGCCACAGCAGGACUUGGAGCGCAGGUCCGCGCAGACGCGGGCUGGGGGAACUGCAGAGCCUCGCAGGGCGUUGGUGGAGGAAACCGGGUCGCCGGCCCCACUGCCCUCGCCAACAUGCACAACGCAUCAUUCUCGGAGCUGGGGCCGGCCAACACGUCGUGCUUGGGACCUGCGCUGGGCUGCCCCAACGCGUCGAGUCCGCCGCCGCCACUGCCGCCGCCGCUGGCGGUGGCCGUGCCGGUCGUCUACGCGGUGAUUUGCGCCGUGGGGCUGGCGGGCAACUCGGCGGUGCUGUACGUGCUGCUGCGGGCGCCCCGCAUGAAGACCGUCACCAACCUGUUUAUCCUCAACCUGGCCAUCGCGGACGAGCUCUUCACGCUCGUGCUGCCCAUCAACAUCGCCGACUUCCUGCUGCAGCAGUGGCCCUUCGGGGAGCUCAUGUGCAAGCUCAUCGUGGCCAUCGACCAGUACAACACGUUCUCCAGCCUCUACUUCCUCACGGUCAUGAGCGCCGACCGCUACCUGGUAGUGUUGGCCACAGCCGAGUCGCGCCGGGUGGCUGGCCGCACGUAUAGCGCCGCGCGCGCGGUGAGCCUGGCCGUGUGGGGGCUCGUGACGCUGGUCGUGCUGCCCUUCGCCGUCUUCGCCCGGCUCGACGACGAGCAGGGCCGGCGCCAGUGCGUGCUGGUCUUUCCGCAGCCCGAAGCCUUCUGGUGGCGGGCGAGCCGUCUCUACACGUUUGUGCUCGGCUUCGCCAUCCCCGUGUCCACCAUCUGCGUUCUCUACAGCAUCCUGCUGUGCCGGCUUCGCGCCAUACGGCUGGACAGCCACGCCAAGGCUCUGGACCGCGCUAAGAAGAGGGUGACUCUCUUGGUGGUGGCGAUCCUGGCCGUGUGCCUCCUCUGCUGGACGCCCUACCACCUGAGCACCGUGGUGGCACUUACCACUGACCUCCCGCAGACGCCUCUUGUCGUCGCGCUCUCCUACUUCAUCACCAGCCUGAGCUACGCCAACAGCUGCUUCAACCCCUUUCUCUACGCCUUCCUGGACGACAGCUUCCGCAGGAGCUUCCGCCAGCUGCUGGCCUGCCGCCCGGCCGCCUAACCCUCCACCCGCCCCGCUCCGCUCGCCCUGCGCCCCAGUCCUGGCCGCCCCAUCCCCGGCCGGUGCAGAGGGAGUGGGAGCCCGAGCGCUCGGGAGGCCUCCCUGAGCUGCAGUCUCC